AUGAGAGAAAAAGAGUAUUAGGCUGAAUAAGAGAGAUAGGCUAGGCAGAGAUUAGAAUAAUUACUUAAGGAGAAAGAAUAGAUGAUGGUUUAAGGUGGAAAGGGAAGUGAAGAUGAUAAAAAGAAAUACAAGAAAAUUAGAUAAACUAUUGAAUAACAAAAAAAAGAGCACGAAGCUUUGAUACAACAAUAAGAGCAACAAUAAUAAGAGAUGCUAGAGAUUGAAACUAAAUAUCAAAAUGUCCAAGAGGAAGUUGAGAAACUUAGGAAACUUAUUAAAUAUUUAAGAAAAAAGCUAGAAGAAGCUACAAUUGAAUAAAAGGAUUUAAAAAAAGAAGUGGAAUAUGAAAAAGAAGAUUUGUUAGAAACAAUAAGAAAUCAGUAAAAGGAGAUCAAACUCUAUGCAGGUUUAGUGAAAAUGAUGUUUAGUUAGAAGGAACUAGAGACUCUGUAAGCUGCAAGUGAAUGGGAUGAGGAUGCUCAAGAUUAUAAAAUUCCACCCUUUAAUUUUAAAGCUAAAAAAGUAAACUUUCCAUCGCUUCCUUAUAAACAAGCCAUGGAUUUGAUAGAGUUAGAGAAAUCAGAGAGAAUGCUCGAAGUGAAUUCUCGAUAACAAUAAUUUGAAUAUGAAUAGGAUAAUCGAUAAAGGCUCAUUUCUCCUAGGGUGCCUCAGAAAGAACUUUAACAAAAACAAAAUGGAGUUAGUUAACCCUAAUUGGAAAAGGGAUAUUUGGUGGCUGAGAAAAUUAAAUAGAAUUAUUAAAUGCUCGAAUAGCAAGAAGGGAAACUACGCUACCAGAGUGAUUUAGUAAACUAACAAUUUUUAGAGAAGAAACUAAAUCAAAAAAUUAUUCUUAGUCCUAUUGAUAAUAGGGAUAACUCUGUCCCAACUUAACAUAGUUAAUAUAAUUAUAAUGGGUAUUCGAAUAAUAGCAAUUUAUCCCAAGCCACUCCGAAUAAGAUUAAUAAAAAUAUUAAUUUGUAACCACUUGAAUAAAAGGCCUUAUUAAUGUAGAAUGAUGAUUAGUAUAAAAGAAGAUAACACUAAAAAGUGUAAUAAAUUUGA